GGUCGGAGGUUGUCUCUGCCAGGGCUGCUCCAAGUCGGAACCGGCUUCGGCGCCCAUGGCUCUGAAGGCGGAUCGAGCUCUCGUCCUGCACGGGGUGAGAAGUUCCCUGAGGAAAAGACCAAAUGAGCAUCUCACAAACGCACAAAAGACAUUCACCAUGCAUCAGCAAGUAUCAAGUGAUCAACCAACAAACUGGAAUUUUAAUCGCAGCUCAGCAGACAUCUCCAUAGAUGACAGGCUAAGGGAGGUGCCUUUGUCUGGCAGCCAGACGAACAGCCCCAGCAUCGAUGAAUUGGAACAAAGUUUAAGUGAGCUAAAGAUGCAGGUGAAGAGUCUGACUUCGAGUCUGACCCCUGUAUUAAUGACAGACUACAAAAGGAAAGGAGACCUGGACUGCAAUUCCAGACCAAGCAGCAGAAAUGGUGAUUGGCCGAUCCUAACCAAUGGGGCAGUCCACGAGAACAGAGGUGGAACAGCACAACAUUGCGAUGAGUCGGAGUGGUUUGUGAGGCCAAGGCACUUAGUGCGAUCACUGGGCAGAUACCCAGCCCUUGAAGACCUCGGAGUUCCUGCUCACUUUGUGUCUCCGGUUGACCGAGUGGUGGGCCUCACUGGAAGUGAGCUCUCCAGCAAAAGCUUCACAACUGCCACCCUCUCACCUGUCGACAUUGCCUACAGAGAAAGCGUACCCGUAAGGGUGGGGGCACCACACUUAAUUGGUGUCAGAGCUCUCCUUCCUCCUCAGAUUCCGGUCCGGCUUCAGUGCCCUGAAAGGACGAGAUCACCGUCUCCCAACACCCAUUCCCGAUCUCUCAGGCGCACCAGAGACUUCCGGUCACGGUCCCAGUCCCCUGCUCCUAAAAGAAGCCAUUGGCAGCAAUCCCGCCCUCAGUCUCCUAAACCAGUGUGGAGACCAAAUUCUGCCAAAGUGCAUGCAUGCGGUAGGCCCCCUCCACCCAUAAAGAGGCAGACAACCGGGAGUAAGAAAGCAGCCUUUGCCAGUCUGUCUAGGUCGUAUUCAUACAAUCCAGAGGCCUUCGGCUCGAGCUCCCAGCCUAUGCCGAAUCAGAGUGUAGAUGACCGUCUGAGUUUCAGAGCUCUGGAUGUGGCAUCACCUUCCGCAAAGGAGAUCAGUGACAGGUUCCUGCAAACGCUGGCAGAGGGCGACAUCAGACAGUCAUUGGUGGAAAUGUCUCCUUACCAACAGGAACUGUCUCAGUUGAGGCUGCAGCGCCUCCGUGUGGAGGAAGAGUUACUGCUGGAGCUCAAAUGGCAACAGGAACUGGAAAGAUUCCGGGGCCCACAGCUCAAAUGGUAUGAAAUGAAAGGACCUCGCUUUCAUUAUGAAGCUCACAAGAACAAUGAACUGCUACGAAGUAGCAGGGAGAGGGGGUUUGGAUUUAGCUAUGGAGAGGACUUCUCGGCUUCCAGUGACUUCUCUCAAAAUGGCAACACAGACUCUGUGUGAUAUUCAACUGUGGUCAUCCUCUGGAUUCAGCUGACGAUCAGUCUUCUUGGCUUUAAUCCAAAAUGGUUCUCAUGUUCGGCACGGACUAGGAGGGCCAAGAUGGCCUGUUUCCGUGCUGUGAUUGUUAUAUGGUUAUAUGUGCAUUGACAUAAAAGUAGUAAAAUUGCUACAUAAAGUAAAAGGGUUAAUCAAGCAUGCACAGGACUUUAGUGGUGCCAGACUUGCAAAGCUUCCCAUCUGUUGGAUGCUAUCUCUCUUAUUACUCCUGUAAUUAACUUGUAAUUUGCUAUUUUUUUAGAUGUUGCACAAUUGAAUAAUAACGUUUCCAGAAAACCAGCUGGAUGGUCAGGGAAGCCGCAGAGAAACAGAACCAGGGCUGCAGUGAGUGAGAAGGGUAUAUGAGGACCAGUACCCUUGGGGGGGGGGGGGGGCGGAGUGGGGAAAGAAAACGCAAAGACUGGAACCAUGAAGUGAGUGUCUGUGGUAUGUGGAGCACCAGAAUGUGAAAGGGAGACAAAAAUCAGGGACCCCAGUCUGCUAAAGUGAACAUAGGAAUCAGUACCCAACGAUUUAGACGACUUGCAAUUUCCAAAUAGAUAGCAGGUUAUUGGAGUUUUACUGUGGUUUGAUCUCAGUCCAUCACCAAAGCUCACCAAUGCCUUGUGAGUCCUCCAAUAGGAAUGAGGUCUUCCUCUCCUUUCUCCCUUCCCACAACUCUUCCUGCCCCCAACCUCCCCCCAACUCUUCCCCCCCCCCAUCUCUCCCCGCUUGUCUCAAUAGAUGCUGCUUAACCAUUGGAAUCCUCCAGCAGUUUGCUUGUUGUCCCAGACUGCAGCAUCCAUUCUCUUAUUUUCUACCUUGUGUUAUUGAUCAGCUCUGGUCUACCUAUGGUGUCUGAGUUUCUCUCUGUUUUGUUUUAGUAGUCAGAGUGAUCUGCUUGGAGCUCUUUUUUGUUAUUACUUGAUUUGAGACAAGCCAUUCUGUUGGUCCCUAAGUGCAGUGUUUUGACCGCACAUUUAGAGAUUAUUACAAAAUCAUUUUCACAUUCCCACUUCAAUAUUACUCAUAGAGCAUUUCACUUCUGCUAUGAAAUGGGCUAGGUAAAAUCAUUCCCUUCACUACCUAAUACUGCAUUUUGACCCGAACAUGAACAAUUUCUUUGCCUGUCUCUCCAGCUGAUUGUUUGUUGCUCCCUUCCCUACCUGUUGUCUGUUAUUUGCCAGAUUAUUCACACACAAUUUUUUCCCCCACUUUUCAUUCCUGACAAUUGGUGUAUUUAUUUUAGACUGUUUUGAUGUGAUGCAGUCUGUUUGUGUUGAAUGGGUGUAUUUUGUCAUAGUUUUGAAAAUGGUCCCAUGUAUCAUAUAACAAUUACAGCACGGAAACAGGCCAUUUCAGCCCUUCCAGUCCGUGCCAAAUGCUUACUCUCAUCUAGUCCCACUAACCUGCACUCAGCCCAUAACCCUCCAUUCCUUUCCUGUCCAUAUACCUAUCCAAUUUUUUUUUUAAAUGACGAAAUCGAACCUGCCUCUACCACUUCUACAGGAAGCUCAUUCCACACACUCUGAGUAAAGAAGUUCCCCCUCAUGUUACCCCUAAACUUUUGUCCCUUAACUCUCAACUCAAGUCCUUUUGUUUGAAUCUCCCUUACUCUCAAUGGAAAAAGCCUAUCCAUGUCAACUCUAUCUAUCCCCCUCAUAAUUUUAAAUACCUCUAUCAAGUCCCCCCUCAACCUUCUAUGCUCCAAAGAAUAAAGACUUAACUUGUUCAACCUUUCUCUGUAACUUAGGUGCUGAAACCCAGGUAACAUUCUAGUAAAUCUCCUCUGUAUUCUCUCUAUUUUGUUGACAUCAUAAUUCCAAUAUAGUGUUAAUCUCCCCAGAGUUUAUCAUUUCUAGCUAUUUUACAAGCUGCUCCACAUAUCUCCCAAUUUGUCUCUUUUUGUUUAUGUCAAUUAUGUGAAAUGUAUGCUCGAGGGCUGAAACUCAAUCAAGUACUAUAGCUUUCACUUCUUUAGUGUGGAAUAUUUAAAUUCUUUGGUGUGAAAUGCUGAAAUCCUUUAGCGUGAACUAGGUACCAAUUCUGGCUGUAGAAUUGUUGGCAUUUUGAGGAGCGCAUGCUACACAGUUUUGACCUAAUUUAUCUUGUUCAUCAGAGUAAGUUUUUUUUAAUCAGAUCAAAGUGUGAUAACUAGAUCCUUCCUCUUUUUAAAUAUAAUCUUUUAUUAUUUAAACAAUUUGUAAUAUCAAUUUUAUAUGUCACUUUUCAAAGGGUUAGUGGAGACCUUUGUUACAGUGGGUUGGUUAUCAUCGGUUGGAAGAUGGGUGUCCAUUAUUGAAGGCCCACUUGUCAAACAUAUUUAUGGGACUGUUUAUUAAAUCUUUUGGAAAACAAUAUAUUAUUACUGAUGGGCAGUUUAUUGAUAUAAUUGGAGUCAGUGUGCCCACAUUAUUAACAGAUUAGUUGUUUUUAGCGGUUUAUGCAAUGUUUCCAUUGUCUCUAAUUAAAACGAGUCCAAUCACAAACAAGACGAAGGGUCUCUGCCUGAAAUGUCAACUGUACUCUUUUCCAUAGAUGCUGCCUGGCCUGCUGAGAUCCUCCAGCAUUUGUGUGUGUUUCUAAUUAAAUAUGAUUUGACAAAUUCACUGUUUAAGUGUAAAUUCCUCCAGCUUGUGUAAUUCGGUAAUCAUGGUUUGAUUAAUGUUGA